UGCGGCAUCUGGAGGAGGCCAGCUUUAACACGGGAUUUGUCCUGAAGAAAAUACUUGCAGAGGAAAAAGAAACGUCAUUUGACUCACUGAAGAAUUAAAACUGACAGCACCACAGAGCCGUGUGGGAGAAAAGGGGAUUUUAGACUCAAGUGACACAAUCAAGCCUUGAGAAGUAAAGAGAUUUGAAUGGUUUCUCACCAAAUGGAAGUUAUCUAGAGAGCCCCCGAGACCGCUGCAUCCCUCCAUCCCACUCCUGCUGCACCCAGACAGUGCUCUUGACCCUGGACAUUAAUAAAAUGCUGGAUUCAAUCAAGUGUGUCCUGGUGGGAGACACCGCGGUGGGGAAAACAUCUCUCUUGGUACGUUUCACCUCCGAGACUUUUCCAGAUGACUACAGACCCACUGUAUAUGAAAACACCGGAGUGGAUGUCUUCAUGGAUGGUGUACAGAUUAGCCUAGGUCUUUGGGACACAUCUGGCAGCGAUGCCUUCAAAAGCAUUCGCCCCCUCUCAUACCAACAGGCAGAUGUAGUAUUAAUGUGCUACUCAGUGGCAAACCACAAUUCCUUUCUGAACCUGAGGAACAAAUGGAUCGGUGAGAUACGCAGCCAUUUGCCCCGCAUCCCCAUUUUGGUAGUGGCUACUCAGACGGACCAGCGUGACACGGGGCCCUACCGUUCCUCCUGCAUCAGCCCGAUAGAUGGGAAGCGGCUCGCCCAGGAUGUGCGAGCCAAAGGCUAUUUGGAGUGCUCUGCCCUCAGCAACCGGGGGGUGCAGCAGGUGUUUGAGUACGCCGUGCGGACAGCAGUCAAUCAAGCCAAAAGGCAGAAUAGGCGAAAGCUCUUCUCCAUUAACGAGUGCAAGAUCUUUUGA